AUGUUGUGGCCCAAGUUAGUGUGUUUUGCUUUGGUUUGCCUGGCUUUUGGGCAACUUGACCAGGUGGCCAGCCAGGAUACCAUCUCCGUUUGCCCCACCAACUUCACCCCAGUGGGUGAGAAGUGCCUCCUGGUGGACACGAAAUGGAAGAACUUCUACGAGUCGGAUCGCCACUGCCGAUCCCUGAAUGCCGGACUCCUCAGCAUCGAGAAUUCCACGGUGCUGACUGUCAUCAACGAUUGGCUGCCAAUCAUUGCUCCCUAUCAGCCGGAGUUCUGGACAGCGGGUAACAAGCUGGGCGAAAGCAGGAACAACUACUUCUGGGAAAGCACCGGAGUGGAGGCCACAUACCUUCCCUGGAACGUGGGUCAGCCCACUCCGGCCAGCGGAGAUUGCCUCACAUUGGAGGCAAACGUCACCAUGACCCCAGAAGAAGCCUUCUUGAGUGCCCAUCGCCUGUCCGUGAAGAACUGCACCCAAUGGGCUCCCCACAUCUGUCAGGCUCCCCUGCAAUUCUUCAGAACUCAGCUCUGUCUUAACACUUCUGCUUUCUUCGAGGCCAAGAUUCCCGUCUAAUUUAAUAAAAUCAUGUUGAUAUGCCUGUUA